AUGAGACUUAAAGUGCGUAAAUGUCCGACCGAUGAACUUGCUGUGACGAAUUGUGCCGUGGUAAAUCCCGUUGCGUUUGACGCGGAAAGAACGAAGUAUGUGCUGGUCAAAACCGAGGUAGGCCAGCAUUUUGUAUUCAAUGUCAAAAAUCACAAAGAUGUGAAGACUGAUGAAAUUGCGUUUGCUGUGCCGCAAAGAAAGUGGGCCACGUUGUCACUUGAUCAAGAAGUUGAGGUGGAAAGGCAUACAUUUGGUCAGAACUCUGACUGUAUUAGUGUUAUCACUUUGGCCACGGAUUUCAACUCUAAAAGAAGUCAGGCAACCACACCAUUGAAUGCAGAUCAUAUGGCUCGAGAAUUCUUAGCGCAAUUUCCCGGCCACGCGUUUACUCGUGGCGAACUCCUCGUUUUUAGAUACGAAGAUGAAAAGAACAAGUCUUACAUUUUAUCGUUAACUAUUAACGUUGGUAGAUUGCUGCCUAAUUCAGCAAUUAUCUUCGAUAAAGCAGAAGGGUCGUCUAUUAAUUUGAUCGGAAAGAGUAAGGGGUCAUCAUCGUACCAGUCUAUAAUCAAUCCAGACUGGGAUUUCCAAAAAAUGGGGAUUGGAGGACUUGACAAGGAAUUCACUGGGAUAUUUCGUCGUGCUUUCGCGUCACGCGUCUUCCCGCCGGAGGUUAUUGAGCAGCUGGGUAUCAAACAUGUCAGAGGCAUGCUUCUGUAUGGACCUCCUGGUACUGGAAAGACAUUAAUGGCUCGUCAAAUUGGAAAAAUGUUGAAUGCUAGAGAGCCGAAAAUUGUGAACGGACCUGAGAUCUUAGACAAAUAUGUCGGAGAGUCAGAAUCGAAUAUUCGAAAGCUUUUUGCUGAUGCUGAAGAGGAAGCGAGAAAGCUUGGACCUAAUUCUGGAUUACACAUUAUUAUUUUUGAUGAAAUUGACGCAAUUUGCAAGAAACGUGGUUCUGUGGCUGGUUCUACGGCAGUGCAUGAUACGGUAGUUAACCAGAUUCUAUCAAAAAUGGACGGUGUGGGCCAACUAAAUAACAUCCUUGUUAUUGGAAUGACUAACAGGGUAGAUAUGAUAGAUGAGGCACUACUAAGACCUGGUAGGUUGGAAGUCCAACUGGAGAUAUCAUUGCCCGAUGAAAACGGUCGUUUGCAAAUUUUGAAGAUUCAUACGUCUACGAUGAAAGAAUAUAAUAAGUUGGAUCCCGAUGUUAACUUAGAACUAUUAGCGAAGAAAACGAAGAAUUUUUCUGGUGCUGAAAUUGAAGGUUUGGUGAGGGCAGCUCAGUCGACUGCUAUGAAUCGGCUGAUUAAGGUAGAUGGAAAAGUGAAAGUUGACCCUGAUGCUUUUGAAAAACUUAUGGUCUCUAGUGCAGAUUUUGAGUAUGCCUUGGAGAAUGACGUUAAACCGGCUUUCGGACGUGAAGAUGAAAAGCUUGAAGAGUAUUUGCGUAAAGGUUUUGUCGAAUGGAGUCCAAGAGUGACUGAAAUUUUAAAUGAUGGUGUCUUGCUAGCUGAAAAAGUAAGGGAUCCUGGAAGUGAAGGUUUCGUCACAGCUCUUUUAGCUGGAGCUCCCAGUACUGGAAAAACUUGCCUCGCUGCUUCAAUCGCAAAGAGGUCCGAUUUCCCUUUCAUCAAGAUGUGUAGUCCUGUUGAAAUGGUGGGCUUUACUGAAACUGCAAAGUGCAUGAUGCUGCGAAGUUGUUUUGAGGAUGCCUACAAAUCUCCGUUGAGUGUCAUAAUUGUAGAUGACAUUGAACGACUGCUAGAUUUUUCACCUAUUGGGCCUCGUUAUUCGAACAUCGUUUUACAAGCGUUGCUUGUUCUACUGAGGCAUAAACCUCCCAAGAAGCAUAGGUUGCUGGUUCUUGGAACGUCAUCAGGUCGGUCUUUCUUACGUGAUGUAGGGCUGACUUCAGUGUUUGACAUUGUUUACGAUGUUCCGGCAUUAACAACUGUAGAGGAAAUCAUGGCUGUAAUUGAUAAGUCUGGCGACUUUUCUCUCAAAGAAUGCGGAAGGAUUUCUGAAGGGUUUUUGAUCGGGAUUAAAAAGCUUCUCAAAAUUAUUGAACUGGAUACAGGGCAAGGCUAUACUGCCCGAGUUGAUGGAUUACUUCAGCGGAUUGAAGCAUUAGGAUACGACUUGUAA